ACGUUGUAACUUGUUUGAUUCAAUUCGUCUUUCGAGCAUAUUUCCAUAUUUCUACGUAAAAAUAUGUUAUUGAGUGGUUUAUUUAUUACAACAGAGAAAUAUUAGGAUUUUCUCUUGGAUAUAAUAUUGUACAAAAUGGAGCCUCCAUCAAUGGACACGAUAUACCAGGCCAUCAGCGCCUUGUAUGAUAAUGAUAAUACAAGUGAAAAAGAAAAGGCUUCGCUCUGGCUGGAAGAAGUGCAAAAAUCUAUUCAUUCAUGGAAAGUAGCUGAUGAGCUUUUACAACAGAAAAAGAAUGUGCAAUCGUGUUAUUUCGCUGCACAAACUAUGAGAUCUAAAGUGCAACAUAAUCUAUCUGAACUGCCAGAAGAUGCCAUAAUAUCCCUGAGAGAUUCACUUGUGUCUCAUUUGGAAACCGUGUCUCCUGAUGUCAGUUCUGCUAUUUUGACACAACUCUCCUUAGCUCUAGCAGAUUUAGCUCUACAAAUGCCAAACUGGAAAAAUUGUGUUAGUGACCUCAUUAAACUAUUUUCAAAUAAAAAUAACUUUGCUCUGCUAGAAAUAUUGACUGUAUUACCUCAAGAAAUCGAUUCGUCAAACUUAAAACUAGGUGAAAAUCGUCGUGAGGAAAUAAAAACUGAGCUGCGAGGGAAUUCGCAGAUAGUGGUCAUGUUUCUUAAAGAGUGUAUAUCUAGCUCACAUAACUCUAAUGUAGCGUUAAAAAUAAUUAGGUGUAUGACCUCAUGGUUGCAAGUGAAAGCUAUAAACAUACAAGAGUUGCCACAAAAUCCUGUUAUAGGUCUAUGUUUACAAGUGUUAAGAGACUAUACGACUAUUUACUUGUUACAUGACGCUGCAACAGAUUGUAUAUGUGCGAUAUUACAUUGUUUAGAGGAGAAUAACAAUAAUGAUGAUGUGGAAAGGUUAAUGUUCGAUAGUGUAUCAGCUUUGGAAGAGAGCUAUCAUCUCGCGGUAGCUCAUGAAGAGGAAGAGAAGGCAGCUAACUUUGCGAGACUGUUCACUGAGCUUGGAGAAACCUUUUUAGAGAAGAUAAUCAUCAGCACUUCUAAUGGGAUGGUGCACUUUGCAAUGAGAUCCUUAGAGUUAGCUCUUGUGUGUGUUGGCCACCAUGACUAUGAUGUAGCGGAAAUAACAUUCAACCUAUGGUACCGUUUAUCAGAAGAAGUGUAUCAGAGAGACUACCAGCCACUGACGGAUGCUUUUAAACCUCACAUAGAGAGGCUGAUUGAGGCCCUCGCUCGGCACUGCCAGUGUGAACCUGAUGAUACUAAUUUGCCGGAAGAAGGUGAUGAAUUCUAUGAAUUCCGAGUGAAAGUGAUGGAGCUGAUAAAGGACGUGGUUUUCAUCGUGGGCUCGGGCGCGGUGUUCCGGCAGAUGUUCGCCACGCUGCAGGCAGACCUGCCCUGGGAGCAGACGGAGGCUGCCCUGUUUAUUAUGCAAGCAGUCGCUAAGAAUAUUCUGCCGGAGGAGUACGAGUACGUGCCGAAGGUGGUGGAGGCGAUCCUGUCGAUGCCGGAGGGCUCGCACCUGGCGGUGCGGCACACGUGCCUGCAGCUGCUGGGCGAGCUGUGCGAGUGGGUGGAGCGCCACCCGCAGUGCCUGGAGCCCUGCCUGCGCUUCCUCGUGCGCGCGCUGCUGCACCCCAAGCUGGCCUACGCGGCCGCCACGGCGCUGCAGAACAUCUGCAAAGCGUGUCGGCGCGAGGCGUCGUGCCACGUGGCGGUGGUGGUGGAGGCCGCUCGGGCUGCGGACCAGCUCGCGCUGCCCAUACACACCGCUGCUGCUCUCAUGAGGGCACUCGCUGCAGCCAUAUCGAGGUUGCCGCAUGAUCAGUUGUGCCAAGCGAUGCGCGAAGCUGUCGGCGCUCAAAUAGCCGGUCUCCAAGCCCAGCUGGGGUCAAGUGGCCCCGCCAAGCGGGGCUCCCCCUCGGACCCGGCGGUGUGGCUGGACCGCAUCGCAGCCCUGUUCCGCGACGUGGACGUGCAGCCCCCGCCGGCGGAGCACCCGUGCCUGCCCGCCUUCCAGGACCUGUGGCCCGUCGUGCACCAGGUUAUGGUCAAGCACUCCCGCGACGGUCGUAUAAUGGAGCGCGCCUGCCGCUGCGUCCGGUUCUGCGUGCGCGGCACCGGCCGGGCCGCCGCCGCGCUCCUGCCCACUGUCGCCAGUGCACUAGCCGACCUCUACGCGACGUCACCACACAGCUGCCUGCUGUAUCUUAGUGCAGUGCUAGCCGAUGCGCUGGGAGGGCCAAGAACUGCUCAACCCUUAGCGCAUUUGUUACAUGCCCUGCUGCCUCCAGCGUUGGAAUUGUUGAAGCAGCCGGAUGGACUGAAGAAUAACCCGGAUACAGUGGACGAUCUGUAUAGAUUGUGUAUACGCUACCUCCAACGCAUCCCUACGGAGUUCGUGGACUCUGGGUGUGCGGCGGCGGUGUUCGAGUGCGGCAUCAUGGCGGUGAAGCUGGACCACCGGGACGCCAACUGCUCCCUCAUGAAGUUCCUGUACGACGUGCUCAAGCUGGCCAACGACGAUAUGCAGACGCCGCUUGGUUCUAAAGUAAACGCAAUUAUAUCUCAAUACGGUGAAGAACUAACAUACGCGUUGUUGGAAGCGUCUGUUCUAUAUCUCCACUCAUACAUGUUAAGCGAAGUGGCGGAGGUGGUGCUGGAGCUGAUCUCGUGGCAGAAGCGCGCGGGCGUGGAGUGGGUCGGCCCCGCGCUCGCCCGCCUGCCCGCAGCACGCGCCUGCGCCACGCACCAGCAGUGCUGGCAGUUCCACCACCUCGCGCUCAAAGCUGAAAAGUGCAAAGAAGCAACUCGACUGCUCCGCGACUUCGCUCGUCUAUACCGAUAAAUAUCCCUUCGCCAAUAAAUCAUCUCCCGAGACCAGCAUCAGGACUCACGACUGAUCCCAAUCUGAGCAAAUUCGACCCUCAAUAUAUUGUUAUAAAUAUUCGUCUCUUAAAUUCAAAAUUUUAUCAUUUUUCUCGAAGAAUUAGAUGUAGAGAAUAGUUGUUACUUUCAAGUGAUAUAACGGUUUUAAGGUUCAAUAGUUUAAGAUCAGCUUUUAUUUCUCAAGUCUCAUCGAUUUUUAAUUUAAGUGACGAACUAUGACUAUUGAUUGGUGUAUAUCAAAUUAGUAAGCAAUUAUAUUAUAAAAAUAUAGAAAAACUGUUAAAAGAAUUAUAUCAUGAUGUCGAGAUUUUUUUUACAAUUGUUUCCGUCAAAAUACGUUUUGACUUUGAUAUCUUUCAAAUGAAAGAGACAGAUAUAGGUAAGUAAACACCUUUAAUUGAUAGAAUAUAUUUUGUUAUAUACAUACUCUGUUCUAUUGUGAUAAACCCCUCACUGUAAUUGUAAAUAUUUAUUAAAUUUACUUUUAUCACAAUA